AACUCGCCUUCAAAAUUUAUAGAGUAGAAUUCUUCAAUUUUAUAAUUUCCCCCAAUUUCUUAACUAUCCCCACAGAGAACAAGGCUUCGGAUUCGUGUUGUUAUACUGAUUUCUUUACGAUCUGAGAAAUUUCCGAAGAGUUUCGAGUUAUCUGUGAUGUACUCUGAGAUGUAUUAACAACAUCCUAUUUCCAUGGGAGCAUCUCAACGGGUGAAAUGAGGUGUAAUGCAUGCUGGAGGGAGUUGGAAGGACAAGCCAUAACAACAACCUGUGGCCACCUAUUGUGCAAAGAAGAUGCCAGCAAGAUACUGAGUAAUGAUGGUGCAUGUCCAAUUUGCGAUCAAGUACUCUCCAAAAGCCAUAUGCGACCAAUUGAUACAAAUCCAGGUGAUGACUGGAUAAAUAUGGCAAUGGCUGGAAUUUCUCCACAGAUACUCAUGAAAAGUGCAUAUCGAAGCGUCAUGUUCUACCUCGGACAAAAGGAAUUGGAGAUGCAAUGCAAAAUGAACAAGAUUGUCACACAAUGCCGGCAAAAGUGUGAGGCUAUGCAAGAGAAAUUUACUGAGAAAUUGGAGCAGGUGCACACUGCCUAUCAGAAAAUGGCAAAAAGAUGUCAGAUAAUGGAGCAGGAAGUUGAAAGCUUGUCCAAAGAUAAGCAAGAACUACAAGAAAAAUAUGCUGAGAAGUCCAGGCAAAAACGAAAACUUGAUGAGAUGUAUGAUCAAUUGAGAAGUGAAUAUGAGUCGAUGAAACGUUCAGCAAUCCAGCCUGCGAGCAACUUUUUUUCCAGAACUGAGCCGGAUUUAUUCUCAAAUAUGCCGAACAUGAUGAAUGGGAGAGAUCCCCUGAGACAAGAUUGUUCGGUUUACACUCCUGAUACUCCAGGGCAGAGGGAGGAGAUAUGGCCUGCAACAAGGCAGAAAUCCAACUCAGGACCCUUUGAUCUCUCGACCGGGUCUCCACCAAAGACGCAAAUCCCCGUGGAUGCCGGAACCCGGAGAUCUUCACGCCCUGUAUUUGGUGCCGGCGUCAGCAAUCCUUCUGCGACUCUGCGCAAUCUCAUAAUUUCUCCCAUGAAGCGACCUCAGCUGUCUCGUGGCGGCCAGAACUUGUUCACGUUAUAAAACGGUCGAAAGUUGGACCCUUCUGUGUAU